AUGCAAGGCCCGAAUAUUUUUGACGAUGCCACCCGUUCUCCCACCAAAUCGUCCGUCUUCAGAUCGCUCCUGUCUCCCAAAACCCAUCGGAGAAAUCACUCUGCCGACGAAGCCUUCUCAUCGAGAGUCUCCCACAAGAGCCAGCCAUCGGGUGACUCCUUCGGUUCCCCGAUAGACCAGGCGUAUGGUACCCUGGACCAACAUCCGCUGGCCGAAAUCGCUGCGAAUCGCGAUGCCGCGGAAGCCGGUUCUACACGCCAGAAAUCGCCUGAUAAACACGAGAAGACCGGAUUGCACAAGAAGACAAAGAGUGCCGUGUCGCUGAAGUCCCUGAAGAGCUACAUGGAACGUGGGAACCACAAAACGGAGGAGUCGCUGGAAGACGAGUCCACAGAUCUGAAACCGAAGAAAGCCAAGUCAGCCAACAGUCUCUCGGCCAUUCUGAAGCGCUCCCAGCGCGGCCGAAAGGGAGAUGGGUCCCGAAGCACUCGAGACAAGGAAAACCGCAGUCCUACGGACUUGGUCGACACUAUGCCCUCGCCAAUCUGGGGUCAAUUCCCGACGGGCUCAUUCCACGACAUGCCGGAAAUUCCGGGAUCUUCGAACAGGCGUAGAACAUUCCAGGAGGAGGUUUCGUUAUACACUCCCAAUCGCUACGGGCCGGCACACCAGCGUAAUUUCCACGACUAUCAUCAGCCGUCGCUCACGAAUCGUACGGAAGCAAAGCCCCGACCGAAAUCCGAUUUCCUUGCGGGAAAUCGCAAAGUGAAGGAAAUGUUCUCGCCACCCCAGAGCAUGGCCCCUGAGAGAGUGGCUCCAACUGAUCAGCCGGAUCCUGUUUCCUCCAAGGGACGGGGACGACCUCGUGGGCUCUCAAAACCAGGCUCCCGCCCGGAGACCGAACGGAAACCAGAACCAAGCCCUAAGAGGGUUUCUCGCGUGCAGGCUGCUAUUUCAGCGUUCAAUGCUAAAGAGCAAGAGGCCGAGCUGCAAAGACGGCUCAGCUCCAAAGACCUUGAGAGCGAGUUCGAGAAGCUUUUGGAUGCGAGAAAUAUCCCUCACAACAUGAGAGAUAAGAUGAGGUCUCUGGACACGAACAUCAAGGCCGACUUCAUCCAGAAAGACAAGGCGGACAGUAACACGCCGCACAGCGCGAGCGCUAGUGUAUAUACCAACGACAGCACCGGCCGUCGGGGCCGCGGAAAAGAACAGAAAGCAGACCGACAGGCACAGAAUGGAAAAGGCUCCCGAUCCCGAUCCCGAAGUCGCGGCUUUUCGUUUUCCAAGGGGACCUCGUCUCCAAAGAAACAACGGCCCGAUAGCUUUAGUUCGCACCGUCGACCCAAGUCUGCGGACCUUUCGCAACCGGCAGGCAUCUACAAGAUCAUGACUCCGACGGCUUCGACCACAUCCCUUUCGCGGGACACUGCCGCCGACCCAUCCGAUUUCGUGCACUACUUGAAGGAGAUCCAGAAGCCGGAGAUGAUCGAGGUAGGCAAGGUGCACAAGCUUCGAAUUCUUUUGCGGAAUGAGACCGUCAGUUGGGUUGAUACCUUCAUCGCGGACGGGGGAAUGGAUGAGAUUGUCGGACUUUUAUACAGAAUCAUGAAGGUGGAGUGGAGGGAAGAGCACGAGGACGCCCUCCUCCAUGAGACAUUGUUGUGCUUAAAAGCUCUUUGCACAACAUCGGUAGCGCUGCAGCUCCUCACCAACAUCGAGGCCGAACUCUUUCCGGCGCUUUUGAAAAUGAUCUUUGACGAGGAAAAGAAGGGUCCCAGUGAAUUCACCACGCGUGGCAUCAUCAUCAACCUUAUCUUCACCCAGCUCUCUACCGCAACCUCGAACUCAGACGCAGCCUCUCGCGCCCAUCGAAUCCUCUCGUAUUUGCGGGACCCAACGCCCCCGGAAGAAAACCAGCCGCUCUCCUUCAUUGCCAACAUCUACCAAACAAGGCCAUACCGAGUGUGGUGCAAGGAGGUCAGCAAUGUCACCAAAGAAGUGUUCUGGAUCUUCUUGCACCAUCUGAAUGUGAUCCCCAUUGUGCACGCCGACACACCCGCCGCUACUUAUAGAGAACGUCACUUCCCCACGCCCAGGCCCCCGGUCCCUGCUGCUCCUUAUGUUGGAGGAGUUGAGUGGGAUGCUACCAACUAUCUGGCUGCGCAUAUAGAUCUCCUGAACGGGAUCAUUGCAUCCUUGCCGACAUGCGAGGAACGGAACCAGCUCCGAGCCGAGCUCCGGGCGUCUGGGUUUGAGAAAGUCAUGGGAGGUAGCUUGAGAAUAUGCAAAGAGAAGUUCUACUUCUCGGUGCACGACUGCCUGCGCACCUGGGUUGCCGCCGCCGUUGAAGAUGAAUGGCCAUAUCUCGCUGUUCGAGAAGGCCCUCCUAGACCUGAGCCAGGAUCGCCAACCAAAUCACCGCUCAAGGCGGCUGGCGGCAGCCCGCGCAAGGGUUUACUGGAUGAAAGACCUCCCAAGUUGGAGCUUGCUUUGGAUCUCCCGGCGAACAAUCGGGUGUCCCCGAGAUUCGAGAAAAAUGACCCGGUCGGCAACUGGAUCUAG